AUGAUGUCUACUUUUGUGAUAUUGGUGUUUUUACUAUUCACCCACGGCUUGGCUGAAGAUCGCCACCCCCUUGUUGCAUCCCUUGGUGCUCUCCGCGUAUUGCACUAUAACAACCUUGGCCCUCAGAAUAACGGUACAUCGGCUGUUUUAGUAUAUCAUUCAACCUAUGUCGAUGCCGUUACAAAAUGUACCUCUAUUGGAGAGAAACUCUUCCCAUGGCCAACGAGGGGAAACAACACUCACACCGAACUCGAUUACGAACUGGAUUAUCUUGUCUUUGAGAAGAAAUUAGAAGCCGAUGAUCACUUGUGGCUAUUCACAGAAGAAGAUAGCAAGGACUGUUUUGCUCUCUCGAUCUCCCAUCGCAACCUCGUACAGAAACCAUGCAAAGACGAAUUACCAGUCCUCUGUACCUCAUCUCCGCCAAGGACAACAAGUCUCGACCGAACCGCAAGGGAAACCACCAAACUGACUGUUACAUCCGGCGAUUAUACCUUGACCGGAUAUCGAGAUGCGCGCUCCUUCCGCUUCCUCGGCGUGCCCUUUGCAAGUCCCCCAAUCGAUGAUUUGCGCUUCGCCCCACCGCGACCAUAUACAGGAUCGAAGAACAUCGAUGCGACUAGGAUGGCAGACUCAUGUAUGCAAUCUCCUACAAGUAUGAGCGCUGCGCCUAUCGGUGGAAUGUCCGAGAACUGUCUGUACUUGAACAUCUUCACCCCGUUCCUGCCGGGCAAUGUCACUACAAACACCGCGCUCCGUCCCGUGGCUGUUUAUCUGUAUGGGGGUGCAUUCAAAAGAGGUACUUCAGCCAUGAUUGAUUAUGACGGGGGAAAUUUCGCAAGCCGCAGUGAUGUGGUCGUCGUCACGCUUAACUACCGACUCGGAGCAUUGGGCUUUCUGACGACGGGGAACCUGACAACUGGGAGCUAUGGUAUUCGAGAUCAGAUCAUGGCCUUGGAAUGGGUACAAAAGCAUAUUUCAGCCUUGGGAGGUGACCCCUCACAUGUUACUGUCUUCGGGCAGUCAUCUGGUGGUCAAAGUGUGGUUGCUCUGCUCUCUUCCACCGCAGCAAAAGGUCUCUUCUCUGCCGCGCUGGUGCAAUCAGCAAACUUCGACCUCCCGUGGUUCCCUCGCGGUCUUUACUCUCAAUACAUUGCCCCAGAAGUCGGGAAAGCAGUUGGCUGUGACGGAAAUGCUUCCGAACCCAGUCUUCUCAAGUGUCUUCGUUCCGUCCCAGCUUCAAUGUAUCUUGAUAACUCAACUGCUUUCCAAACUGCACUAACAGCUUUCUCAUCCAAUAUCGCAAAUCACUUCUACCAAAGUACAGCACUGAUAUCUGCAGCGGAACCAUUCAUGCCGAUGGUAGACGAUACCGGAUCUGGUCUAAUCGAUGAUCAAUUCAAUACCCUCCUAAUCAAUAACAACCUCCCUAUCCACGUCCCAACAAUGUUCACCACUGUCCGUGACGAGGCAAGUCUCUACAUGCACAUUAUCGACUCGAUCCAGGCCCCAUUCGCUGCCUUGCUUAACAUCACACUCGGUGACGCCCUCGCGCAGAAAAUAAUCUCAUCCGGCACAUACAACGUCGAUGAAUCGAACCGCAAUGUCGUCCUUAAUGCUGUUUCUGAUGCCGUGACCCACAGCCAGUGGGCCUGUCCGCAGGGUUAUCUUCUCGAUAAUUCGCAUACCUCCUUCCCAUCCCUAUACGAAAUCCAAAUAGCAGAUGGCCAUGCGCAGACAUCACAUAUGCCAGAUAUCUGUUACCCGAAUACUGUAUACAACGCUUCCUGUCAUACAUCGGAGAUCUUGCUCGCGUGGGGCACAUUGAAUACCAAGACUGAAGAUGUGCAUCCAUACUACGAUGAUCGGGAUAUUCUUCACUCGCAGCUCAUCCAUGAUGUAUUCGGUGCGUUUUUCCGCGAGAGAAACCCAAAUCCGGAUUUGGAGUUUUUGAGAGUCCGUGGUCCUGCGUAUGCAAGUUCUCUUGAGAUAUUUGGUGGGGAAGGGGGUUUGAAUUACUCGCUUGGACGUCCUGAGAAGGGAUUCCAUAUUGAACAGUAUGCGCCGGAACGGAAUAUGACGCUUCUAGGAAUGCCGCCGUCUAUUACGAUGAAUUUUGAGAACAAGGACAUUUGUGCUGUGCUGCGUAAUUAUGGGUUUACCUUUCAGAGGGCGGCGUUGUCUGAUUAA